UUUGAAUAAUUAAUGACGUCGGGCUGUAAACACGACUGACGCUCGGCUGCGUGGCCGAAGCAUCUUCAGAGAAGAAGCAGAACUCACCAGGUUGCGUUUAUCCUCUCGACGGAACCGCUAACAAACACUAAAACCUCGGUUCACCUCGACUCUCAUAUGCCGUCUCUAAAGCCAAGACGGUGCUGCGUCUGUCCUGCGAAGUACCAUGGCUAGAAAGACGGACAUCCCAUCGUCUUACUAUGGUGAGCCGCACAAGUUUGAUCCAACUUUCAGAGGGCCUGUUCAUAACAGGAGCUGCACUGAUGUGGUUUGCUGUGUUAUCUUCAUCAUCGUCAUCCUAGGUUACAUCGCUCUGGGAACCGUGGCCUGGAUCCACGGUGACCCGAGGAAAGUGGUCUAUCCCACCGACAGCCACGGCCAGUUCUGUGGACAGCACGGCACACUGAAUGCAAACAAAGCCAUAUUAUUCUACUUCAACAUAUUGAAAUGUGCCAAUCCUGCAGUGUUAAUUAACCUCCAGUGCCCUACAACCCAGCUCUGUGUCUCAGAGUGCCCUGACAGAUUUGCCACAUUCCUGGAUGCACAGAAUAGUAAAGACUGGGAAUAUUACAAGCAAUUCUGCAAGCCGGGCUUUGAAAUUGGCCGUAAGCCAGGAAAACAAGUCUUACGGGAUGAAGACUGCCCAUCUAUGAUUGUGCCAAGCCGACCUUUCCUUCAGCGGUGCUUCCCUGAUUUUAUUACAAGAAAUCAAAUUUUAACUGUAGCGAACCAAACCAACUUCAAAGAUGGUGAUGGUAAAAUCAGGAGUGUCAGUGACCUCAAAGAUGCUGCCAACCAAGUAACUGCCAUGCAACAAGGAGUCGACAGAGGUAUCGCCAGUCUUCUCAAUGCCAAAGAAGUCGGCAUCAAGAUCUUUGAGGAUUAUGCCAGCUCCUGGAACUGGAUCCUGAUUGGCCUGGUGAUCACCAUGGUAGUCAGUCUCCUCUUCAUUCUGCUGCUGCGUUUCACCGCUGGCGUGUUGCUGUGGCUCAUCAUCUUUGGCGUCAUCACUGUGGUUGGCUAUGGUAUCUGGCACUGCUAUUGGGAGUACAGCACAUUAAGAGGGAAGCCAGAUGCUAACGUCACCAUUUCAGAUAUCGGCUUCCAUACAGAUUUCAGAGUUUACCUUCAGCUCAGCCAGACGUGGCUCAUCUUCAUGAUUUCACUUUGUGUAACUGAGGCCGUCAUUGUCAUUAUGCUGAUAUUUCUGAGAACAAGGCUACGCAUCGCAAUUGCAUUAUUGAAGGAGGGGAGCAAGGCCAUCGGCUAUGUCAUGUCCACUCUAUUUUAUCCAAUAAUCACCUUUUUCCUUCUGGCCAUCUGCAUAGCUUACUGGGCCGUCACAGCAGUCUUCUUAGCAUCCUCUGGUGAUGCCGUCUAUAAGGUGCUGUCCACAGAUGUUAAAUGUAUGUACGCCAAUCACACAUGCAAUCCAGAGACCUUCCAUCAGUCCAAUGUUACCAAACUGUGCCCAGGGUCACAGUGCAUGUUUGCCUUCUAUGGUGGAGAGAGUCUGUACCACCGUUACAUCUUAGUCCUCCAGCUGUGUAACGUGUUUGUAUUCCUGUGGUUGGUCAACUUUACUAUCGCCCUGGGCCAGUGCACCCUUGCCGGGGCUUUUGCAUCCUACUACUGGGCUCUGAAAAAGCCAAACGACAUCCCAGCGUGUCCUCUCUUCUCCUCAUUUACUCGAGCCAUACGUUACCACACAGGUUCUCUGGCCUUUGGUUCUCUGAUUCUCGCUGUGGUGCAGAUGUUCCGAAUUGUUCUUGAGUACAUGGAUCAUAAACUCAAAGGUAGUCAUAACACAUUUGCCCGUUUCAUACUUUGCUGCUUCAAAUGCUGCUUCUGGUGCCUGGAGCGUUUCAUCAAAUUUCUAAACAGAAAUGCAUACAUUAUGGUAGCAAUAUAUGGCAAGAACUUCUGCACCUCUGCAAAGGACGCUUUCUGCCUCUUGAUGAGGAAUGUUAUUAGGGUCGCUGUCCUGGACAAGGUGACAGAUUUUCUGCUGUUCUUGGGAAAACUUCUUAUUUCAGGAAGCGUUGGUGUUCUGGCAUUUUUCUUUUUCACACGCAAGAUACCAGUUAUCCAAGAACAGGUGCCAUCCCUAAAUUACUACUGGGUCCCCCUGCUGACUGUGAUAUUUGGAUCCUACCUGAUUGCACAUGGCUUUUUUAACGUCUACGCCAUGUGUGUGGACACUUUGUUCAUUUGCUUUUUGUGGGACCUGGAGACAAAUGACGGCUCUCCUGCUCAGCCCUACUAUAUGAACCACACCUUGAGGCGCAUCCUGAAAAAGAAGAACGUGAAGAUGAAGAGGAGAAGAUAGGCACAAGAAGAAAGGUGAGGAAGGACAAUGAAUGGAGGUCUUUUACCAAAGCUCACUGCAACAUGCACAUCUGGGAAAAGACUUUUUUUUUAACCGGGACACAUUAGUGGACAACAGAAGGACAUGGUGGAAGAGUGGUGGUGGGUUUUGCCUCCCAACGAAAAGGUUCCCUGUUCAAAGCCACCCAUGCUUCAAUGUCCAUGUGCAUCUGGACUUGUCAGGAAGGACAUCUGAUGUGAAAGCAGUGCCAAAUAAACAUGCAGGAUCUGCUGUGGUGACCCCUAGCAAUGACAGGAGCAGCCAAAAUUGUAGGCAAAUGAUAGAUGUCUAAUUGUAAUGGUUUGAUUCACCUACAUUUGUAAAUUAACUAGAGGUUGGUCAAUAUUUUAUUUACAAGUAACCCUGCAGCCAGUUUAGAAAUAUGUUUUGUUUUUUGUUUGUUUGCCAUUUUCGUGUUUGAGUUUGUCAAAACUAUGGCAGCCCCUGCAAGUAAUGGAAUGUUAUACAUAUAACCAGAUAAUAAUUAACUAUAUACUCAUUUAUCGUCAAAAAAUGUACUUCACAAUAAGCUCUCGCAUGAGUGUUGGUUUGUAAUUGUUGGAGUUUAUCAGACAUCUUGGUGUUUAUUUUACAGUUUCCAUUAUGUGCCACAUGGUGGUGAGAGUUUAUGUUAAAUGGAGCAUUCUAGAAAAUAGGUUUAAUGAAAACUGAGUUAGUUGACUCAGAGUUGAAAGAAAAUGAGUGUUAUAAUAAGAAUAAUCUUUAUUGUCCACAAAUAGGGAAUCUUUUCUUCAGUUUCAGGUUGGAUAAUACAGACAGCAGUGAAAGAUAUAGUUUCAGUCUAUCGGUCUAUAAGUCACAUUUGUUUUUUAACUGUGGUACUACUACUGCUUCAUACAACAAGAAUAUGAAAUUAAUCAGUGCAUUAUUUAUUUAUAAUGCAAACACGACAUUAGCGAGCAGAGGCAGGGGUGGUGGCCAAGUGGUUAAGGCCAUCUAACAUAAAACUUGCCAAAUCAGCAUGCAAAUCCACCUCUAAUCGGCUGUGGCGACCUCGAGUAAAACAAGGGAGAAGCCGAAGGUACUUUACUUACAUUAGUGAGCAGAAGCUAUGGGCUAAUUAAUGUUACUGGAAGAGAGGCUCGAGAGUAAACGUCUUUUAAAUUUUUAUUUCUACAUCACAUUUUAUAUGAACUGUUUUAAUGUUGUUUUAUUAUGUUAAGCAAAAGUCCUACAUGAAUAGUGCUGCAUAAAUAAAUGUUUUAUUAUUUAUUAUAAAUUGCUUCUUGCUGCCCCUGAACAGAUAACAUGAAGAAGCAGCUAAAUGUGUGCAUGUUUACAUUGCUAAAUGUAAAUAUACUUGUUAAUUGAUUGAACAUUUUUAAAACAUUAUAGUUACCAU